GCCAUCUAGGCGCUAGUUUGCCGGAGUAGGUACCUGGAUGAAAUAAAAUAAAGCGAAUAGAGCAGGCAGAUUGUGUAGUGAAUAGUGAUUUGAUUAGUGAUCGUGUGAAAUUUGAAGAAAAUUAUCUGCUUGAAGAAAUAGGAAAUAUCUGUGUCUGAUUGAACAAUGAAUGUUUUGACUGUUUUGAGGUCUUUAUUUUGAAAAAGAGCUGUCUGCAUUCUGCAAUCGUGUAGACUGUGACAGUGCAACUUCGUCGAACUUUUGAGAUAGUGACUGUCUGGAACCAUGGAUGACGGUCAUACUAGAACAGUAGAGGAAGUACUGAAAUAUUUCGAUUCUGAUCCAGAACGAGGACUCACUCUUGAUCAAGUCAAGAGGAAUCAGGAGAAAUAUGGACCCAAUGAACUUCCUGCGGAAGAAGGAAAGUCCAUUUGGCAAUUAGUUUUAGAACAGUUUGAUGAUCUUCUAGUCAAGAUUUUAUUAUUAGCUGCUAUUAUUUCAUUCGUUCUAGCAUUAUUUGAAGAACAUGAUGGAGCAUUCACAGCCUUCGUAGAACCUUUCGUAAUUCUUUUAAUUCUAAUCGCUAACGCCGUUGUAGGAGUAUGGCAGGAACGAAAUGCGGAAUCUGCUAUCGAAGCUCUCAAAGAAUACGAACCAGAGAUGGGAAAGGUUAUGCGAGGCGACAAAUCAGGAGUACAAAAAAUCCGCGCGAAAGAAAUCGUUCCCGGAGACAUCGUCGAGAUCUCCGUGGGUGACAAAAUUCCCGCCGAUAUCCGUCUCACCAAAAUCUUCUCCACCACCCUCCGAAUCGAUCAGUCUAUCCUCACCGGAGAGUCGGUCUCCGUCAUCAAACACACCGAUCCCAUUCCCGACCCACGUGCUGUCAACCAAGACAAGAAGAAUAUCCUCUUCUCCGGUACUAACGUAGCAGCCGGUAAAGCUCGUGGUGUUGUCGUCGGUACCGGCUUGAACACCGCUAUCGGUAAAAUCCGUACAGAGAUGUCAGAGACCGAGGAAAUCAAGACUCCCCUGCAACAAAAACUGGACGAAUUUGGUGAACAACUCUCCAAAGUCAUCUCUGUCAUAUGCGUCGCAGUCUGGGCCAUCAACAUCGGUCACUUCAACGACCCCGCUCAUGGAGGUUCAUGGAUCAAGGGUGCCGUCUACUACUUCAAAAUCGCUGUUGCUCUAGCCGUAGCUGCUAUCCCAGAAGGUCUACCCGCUGUCAUCACUACUUGUCUCGCCCUUGGUACCCGUCGUAUGGCCAAAAAGAACGCCAUCGUUAGGUCCCUACCUUCCGUAGAAACCCUUGGUUGCACCUCGGUCAUUUGCUCCGAUAAAACCGGUACUCUGACCACCAACCAAAUGUCCGUAUCUAGAAUGUUCAUUUUCGACAAAGUCGAAGGCAACGACAGCAGCUUCCACGAGUUCGAAAUUACCGGAUCCACCUACGAACCGAUCGGUGAGGUCUUCCUCAAGGGCCAAAGAGUCAAAUGUAACGAAUUCGACGCUCUUCAAGAACUCGGUACCAUCUGCGUCAUGUGUAACGAUUCCGCCAUCGACUUCAACGAAUUCAAACAAGCUUUCGAGAAAGUCGGCGAAGCCACCGAAACCGCCCUCAUCGUACUCGCCGAAAAAAUGAAUCCCUUCAGCGUCACCAAGACCGGAGACCGUCGCCAAGUCGCCAUCUGCGUCAGACAAGAGAUCGAGACUAACUGGAGGAAGGAAUUCACCUUGGAGUUCUCGCGCGAUCGUAAAUCUAUGUCUUCCUACUGCGUACCACUCAAAUCAUCGCGAAUUGGCAACGGACCCAAACUGUUCGUCAAAGGCGCGCCCGAAGGUGUGUUAGACAGAUGCACGCAUGCUCGCGUCGGAACGCAAAAAGUCCCUCUCACCAGCACUCUCAAGAAGCGCAUCGUCGAAUUGACGGCCCAAUAUGGCUGCGGACGCGACACUCUGCGUUGCUUGGCCCUCGCCGUUGCCGAUAACCCGAUGAAGCCCGAAGACAUGGACCUCGGCGACUCCAACAAGUUCUACAAAUACGAAGUUAACCUCACUUUCGUCGGGGUCGUUGGUAUGUUGGAUCCGCCGCGUAAGGAAGUUUUCGAUUCCAUCGUGAGGUGCCGCGCUGCCGGUAUCCGCGUCAUCGUCAUUACUGGGGACAACAAGGCGACCGCCGAGGCCAUCUGCAGACGUAUCGGGGUGUUCACGGAGACCGAAGACACCACUGGAAAGUCAUACUCGGGACGUGAGUUCGAUGAUUUGCCGGUAUCUGAGCAGAAGGCUGCUUGCGCUAGAGCCAGGUUGUUCUCGCGCGUGGAACCAUCGCACAAGUCCAAGAUUGUCGAGUAUUUGCAGAGCAUGAACGAAAUUUCUGCUAUGACAGGUGACGGUGUGAACGACGCUCCGGCCUUGAAGAAAGCCGAGAUCGGUAUCGCCAUGGGCUCGGGCACGGCCGUUGCCAAAUCUGCCUCCGAGAUGGUCCUCGCCGACGACAACUUCUCCUCGAUCGUGGCGGCCGUGGAAGAGGGCCGCGCCAUCUACAACAACAUGAAGCAGUUCAUCCGCUACCUCAUCUCCUCGAACAUCGGCGAGGUGGUGUCCAUCUUCCUGACGGCCGCCCUCGGCCUGCCCGAGGCACUGAUUCCCGUGCAGCUGCUGUGGGUGAACUUGGUCACCGACGGGCUGCCCGCCACCGCGCUGGGCUUCAAUCCGCCCGACUUGGAUAUCAUGAGCAAGCCGCCCCGCAAGGCAGACGAGGGGCUCAUCUCCGGAUGGUUGUUCUUCAGGUAUAUGGCUAUUGGAGGAUACGUGGGUGCUGCCACUGUUGGUGCUGCUGCUUGGUGGUUUAUGUAUUCACCCCAUGGACCCCAGCUGAAUUACUACCAAUUGACCCACCAUUUGCAAUGCAUCGGUGGUGGACCCGAAUUCAAGGGUGUGGAUUGCAAAGUAUUUGGUGACCCUCACCCAAUGACCAUGGCCCUCUCUGUACUGGUGACCAUCGAGAUGUUGAAUGCUAUGAACAGCUUGUCUGAGAACCAGUCUCUGAUUGCCAUGCCCCCAUGGUCUAACUGGUGGCUCAUUGGUUCAAUGGCUCUCUCCUUCACUCUCCAUUUCGUCAUCCUCUACAUUGAUGUACUCUCAGUUGUAUUCCAAGUGUGCCCCUUGACGGCCGAAGAAUGGAUGACGGUGAUGAAAUUCUCAAUUCCAGUAGUGUUGCUCGAUGAGACACUGAAGUUCGUAGCAAGGAAGAUCGCUGACGGUACGAAUGCCUUUUACACUGUGCACUGGAUGAUACUAAUGUGGGCUGUGUUUUUUGGCUUCUUGAGUGUAUGCCCCAUUUAAAAAUAAAUCAUCAAUAACACAAAAGACAAACUGCCUCUCUAGACGAGGACAGAGCCUUAGUGCGUAAACGGGUGCUAAAAAAAAUAAGAAGGGAAUACUUUUUUUGAUUGGACCAAGAUCUGUUAAUUCAAGGAAGUGCCUUUUUGGUGGUUUCUUUUUUCGACGCGCAGAACAUACCGUUAUAUUUUAUAGAAUUGUUUUAUAUUAUCAAGUUGAAUAGAUCAUUUCUGUGGCGGACAAUUUUGAUUUUGAAUUUGCGCUUCCUUUACUGGAUUGCUGGACACUUGAAGUAUUUUCUACCUGGAAAUUCCAGUUGAAUUCGGCACGUUUCACUGAGAGAAAACGGUUUGCGCGAGUGAACUAGUUUGAUUUAGUACUUCAAAAUACUAAAUUUUUUUUUUUUACUGAAACACCCAUUAUAUUAUAUUUUCAUUAAAAAACUAUCCUUUAUUUACAAGGCAGUGGGCACAAACAUAGACAGGUACAGAUAUUCUAAUCAUGAGAACCACGGGACAGGGAACAUCGGAUCAUAAAAGAUGAAUCACUUUUUUUUAUUGUCUUCAAGCAGAUUUUUGGUCAUCUACUUCCGAAUCUGUAAAACUGGUCACAGUACGUAAAAGAGUGAAUGUCUGUACCUUCAAAAUGAAAAGAUAUAGAGUUCCAGGGCUGGACUCUAGAACAACUAUAAAAUGAAUACGUCUGUUCCCCCUACCAGAGAUUCCUACGUUGAUAUUCAAAUCGUGGUAUCUCAAGGCUGCAUAUCUCUUCUGAAAAUUUAUCAGCCUUUGUCCCGGUUUGAGAAGAGUCUAUUCCUUUGUUAUGACGAACUCUCUACAUCCAAAAUCCGUCAAAAAUGAAGUCUAUGAGUGUAUGCAAUAAUUGUUGAACACGUUUUUCAGCUACAAGGACAUUUGAAGUUUGAAUCUCGAAAAUUAUAGUGAAGUUUCAAAUCAUACAGGGUAUGAGUUAAUCACACAAAUACCUCAAUAGUGGCCCAAACAAAUUGAAAGGAAUGUGCUGGUCAAUUUUAUGGCAGUGGCUAUUUGAAAGAAUCACGAAGUAGAAUAUAGAUAGAAUAAGGCAAUUCAACUACCUGUCAAACUAUCCGCUUGUUUGCACACAAUUAAUUUAUACGCGAACUUUUGUUUGUAUCAGGACAACUCUUAUAUUCACAGAAAUGUAUAGAAAGAAACAAUACAUUUGGUAGGGUCACAUUAUUCUAUUGAUUUUAUAUCUAGUGCCAACCAAGUGCCAUAUUGAUUCUAGCCCAAGUUGGAGCGCCUAAUUACUAGAAUUAUUUUGGAAUGAAGAAGUCGUCAUAGGAAUAGUAGUCAUGUUGUAAUGAUAUCAAUAUCAAGAGAACAUGGAGUUUUUUUCAAGAGAGACGUGUGUGAAAUGAAGAUGAAAGAAACAUUUUCAGUUAAAAUACAUCAAGUUUCCAGCAAAUUUUUGUAACUGUUAGUGAAAAUAGGUUUUAUUUGAAAUUUCGGAGCUUUAAUCUGCCAGCAUAUUCAUUUUCAGUGAUGCAGAAGUAUAGAUAAUUUUUAAAUUUUGAUCUAAUUCUAAAUGUCAAUAUUUUGUGUCUGUUGUGUUCUUUUCUUCGAAAGC